AUGGUAGGUGAUAAUACAUGGUUUUCCAGCCAACUUGUUCGUCUAGUUCUUGAAGAACAAUAUUUUAUUUACAAUUAUAAAUUAUAUCGACAAACUGCUGGUAGUGCUUCUGGUUCAUCAUUGACUAUUCCAUUAGUCUAUAUUUAUUUAUAUUAUUGGCGACAACAUUUAUUACAAGAUCUUAUUAAUAAGAACGAACUCAUUAUCAGAUGUCAGGAUGAAGCAAUCAUUACAUGGAACAGAUCUGAAGAUGAACUUCGUACAAUACUUGCUACGGCUAAUUCGCAAUUUCCACAACCCAUAUGGAAUAUAACUCAUAUUGGAUCAUCCAUUCAUUUUCGUGAUAUCGACUUAACUAACGAAAAUAGAAUUUUUCAAACAUGUGUUUAUCAUGCACGAAUGUUCAACGAUAAACAAUUACUCUCAUCAUUUCCAGAUAUUAUUCAACCUAAGAUAAAACAAGACCCAUGGAAAUGGCUACGUGCAGCAAUGUUAAAAGCCAUACGAUACUGUUCUGGUCACGACACUUUCCGUGAGGAAAUGCUUGAAAUCAAAUGGCAACUUGAAUCAUAUAAAAUACCUAAGGGUAUCUUCGAUCAAACCCAUGAUGAAAUUCUCCAAGAUUUUGGUGUAACGGUUGUCUACCCACCAUACACUAGAUCUAAUUGUGAACUCAUGCGUGAACAUGUUUUCAACUAUGAUAGAUAUCGAAAAGCAAAGAAACAAGCAAGAAAACGAACUAGUAUUCCAUCUUCCGUAUAUACCUAA